GUUAGGACUCAGCGCCGCACAUUCUGAGCUCAACCCUGCAGAGCCGUGGUGGCACAGGCCCCACCUUCCACCUCCCACAACUCCCUAGAAGUCCGGACCCCUCCAGGGCUGCAUCUCUGCGCACUAGUGGGCUGAGCUUGACUACAGUGUGGGGCAGGUGGUGAGGCGCUUGGCCCUUCCCGCAUGGGGCAGUUUAUGUCCCAGAUGGAGAGGACCUCUCUAAGUGCAGUGAGAGGAGGGAGACAGGGAGCAGCUGGGAAGGCUUCCUGGAGGUGGGCAGGUGUGAGCAGGAUGCAGGGACAUCCAGGUGCAUUUCCAGGUCAGGCCAGCUCCCUUCCCUGUGCUGAGCACUCCACAGCCUGGCCCAUCGUCAGACCCUAACCCUGAGCUCACCUAGGGUCACCCACCUCAGAAGUGGUGGCACUGGGACUGACCAGAGAGCCCAAAGCCACACCACCCUUCUGCCUCCAUGUCACUCGCUGGCUCAAGUCCGCCUGGGCUGCCCUGUGAGGUAGUGAGGUCCCCGUCACCAUAUGAAAACUGUAUGACUAUUUGCAGGGGAGGUGGCUGUAGAGAAGACAAGUGUCUGAGGGUGUAGGGCACUUGGAGUAGACAGUGUUUGCUGAGCUUGUCAAGGCCCAAGACCCUCUGCCUGACUUUAAGGCAAAAGUAGUUGGACCCAGUGGUCCCCUCUGUAAACAGAGGUGUCACAGCAGCACAGUGUCUGGACUGCUGGCUGAUUCAGAGGACCCAAGAUCCAGUCUUCCUCUCCUAGGCCUGCGGGCUUGGUGGGUUUCCUGGGGCAAGUGAGAGGUACCCAAUGACACCAGGAGGUGAGAAGGCUGGAAAGGAUCCCUGUGUAGGAUCCACAGUGCCAGGCUGGCCUGGGAGAGCCGCUGGAGGGCACAGGGCCCGAGACAGAGCGGGGUGGGCUCAAGCAGGUGUGCUUCCCCUUGGCUGAGCUCCGUGGCUCCCAGAGAAGUUGCUAAAAUUAAAGCCGGAAUCUGAAAUUCAAAUGAAGAGCGAACCUUUAAUUAGACCCUGAAUCUAAUUCCUUACCCCACUCAGCAGCGGGCUGUAAUUUUAGCAAUCAGUGCAUUAAAUAUAAACCAGGAGACUGCAGUUGCCCACCAUACAAAGCCCCUGGGCUGGGGGUUGGCACUGAGGGGCUCCUUGGACAGCCUGGUGCCCAACCCCUACUAGGAUGCUCUGAACCUACCUCCAGCAGCCUCAACUGUAUCCAGGGCCCCAACCCCUCACUCUAAAUCAUUGACUCCUUGCCCCUAGCCCCUUGGACUUCCGUUGGGGAGCUAGAGAUUGCCCGACAAGGGAGCUUUUCACUCUGGGGCCCAGCUAGACUAGGGUCAGCUAGGCCAAACGCCUGGUAUAAAUGACAGCACGCACACAUUUUCCAACUCCCCUGCUUAUUGUGUUGUUUUGUUUUUUUAAUCUUUGCCAGAGGUACAGUUAGAGAUCUUUCUAGACCAUUUACUUUUAAAUUACCAGCCAGAAGGUGGGGGUGGAGGAAAGAAAAGGAAGGAAAAAGUUCGCCAGCUGAUAGCUUAUCAGAACAGAAUCCAAAUGUCACAUUAGUUGGGAAAGUUGGGAGAUUAAAUUUUCUAGUGCCCUUCAUCUGCCGCUGACAUUUCGGGGGCUUUCUUCUCCCGCGCCUCCCCCUCCUCUGAGCGGAAUGUGAGUGGCGCACGCCUCACAGGCAGCCGCUCCCACUCUGGCCUCCAUGCUCCGAGGCUGCCUGCCCUGGCUCUACCCAGCACCCGAGGGCUUCUAGGGUGUGCCAGGGGUGGGCAGAUGGGUGGCACACUGCAGAAGGGCAGUGGGAGGGCAGCAGACAGCUUGGAUUCUGCUGUACAAAAUCCACCUUCAAAGAGAUGAAAAGAGUGUCUGCCACAGGCCCUUCAGAGCCGUGCCCCUGGGGUGUGGAGAGCUCAUCUGACUGGGUGGAGAGGCACGGUCACCCUUUCCCCAGACAAGACACAGCUUGGUCAAAUGCCUAGAGGCAGAAACACAGGGGAGGGGCACACCCAGGUCAUAGUGGGCAGCGGGGGUCAGCCCACGUGGGCCCAUGGGGGAGAAUGAAUGAGCUAAGCCUGGGCUGAGGGUGGUCAUAGAGGCCUUGAGGGGCAGUGAGGGAGCGUAUGGGGUAUUCAGCUGCUUAUGAUCCCUCCUACCAGCCUAGGAAGCCCCCCAGCUUUGCUCUCCACCCUUAGCCUCCUUCUUUCCCUUGCCUCCCCAGUCUGGCUUUUUCCUCGUCGCCUUCACUCUCUACCACCAUCUUGCCUCCCCUCCCCCUUGCACACCUGCACCCAAGCCUGCCCCCCCACCAUCGGCUGCGGCAUCAACACUAGUCACAGACCCACUCCUGCCAGCCUGUGAUGGUGGGCGGGGGCGCACGGCGCAUGCCCAGCCUGCCCGGCCGUGAGAUGCCAUAAUUGGCACCUGUCAGGCUGCUGCGGCUCAUUUUAGAAAAUCAACAGGGGCCCUUUCACUCCUGCUGCUACCAGGCACUGCAGACCCUCCCUCUGGAGGUCAGCAGGUCUGAAUGGUAGCCCCCAGCCCAGCUCUCCCAGGUUAGCCUCCCCAGCUCAGACCCUAGAGCCAUCCCGCUGCAGGGGAUAGUGCCCUGCCUUAGAUGGGGCUAGGGCCCUCUCCCUGGUCCCAGAGGAACUCCGUGAAGGGGCUGGGCAGGACCCAGUGAUGGCUGUGGGGGCCCAGAGCUCCUAGGAGGGACUGCUGAGGCCUCCCUGUGAUUGCACACGGCACAUCCUUGUAAGCAGAAUUCUGGAGCCCGCUCUUUCUGACUGGCUCCAUGAUUUGCCUCCUUCCCUAAUUGGUUUUCAAGAAUGUGGAGAAGAGGUUGGUUUCCUUUCGGUUUUAAAAUUUGGGUUUAGCAAAUGUGGAGAUGGCGGGUGGGGUGGGCAGGGGGAGGUGGGAGUCACAGGCCCCUUGGGUGAGGGGUCCAACCCCGUGUCCAUCUGUCCCUGUGUCUCUCCAUCUGUGUCUCCUACUGCAAUAUUCUCUUUUUGAGAUGCCCCUAUCUCCUGGACUCUGGCCCUCCCUGCCCCUACUUGCAGGCCUCUACAACCCCAUUCACCGUUUUCCAGCCCUGACACUGCUGGGGGGUGCCCUUUCUGCAGGACGACCCUGAGAGUGAGGAUAUGGAAAGGGGGUCUAAGGCCAGCACCCUAAGGCUGGACUUCAUCGAGGACCCAAACUUCAAGAACAAGGUCAACUAUUCAUACGCGGCUGUACAGAUCCCCACGGACAUCUACAAAGGCUCCACCGUCAUCCUCAAUGAGCUCAACUGGACAGAGGCCCUGGAGAAUGUGUUCAUGGAAAACCGCAGGCAAGACCCCACGCUGCUGUGGCAGGUCUUCGGCAGCGCCACAGGAGUCACUCGCUACUACCCGGCCACCCCGUGGCGAGCCCCCAAGAAGAUCGACCUGUACGAUGUCCGAAGGAGACCCUGGUAUAUCCAGGGGGCCUCGUCACCCAAGGACAUGGUCAUCAUCGUGGAUGUGAGUGGCAGUGUGAGUGGCCUGACCCUGAAGCUGAUGAAGACAUCUGUCUGUGAGAUGCUGGACACGCUCUCUGAUGAUGACUACGUCAAUGUGGCCUCGUUCAACGAGAAGGCGCAGCCUGUGUCAUGCUUCACACACCUGGUGCAGGCCAAUGUGCGCAACAAGAAGGUGUUCAAGGAAGCUGUGCAGGGCAUGGUGGCCAAGGGCACCACAGGCUACAAGGCCGGCUUUGAGUAUGCCUUUGACCAGCUGCAGAACUCCAACAUCACUCGGGCCAACUGCAACAAGAUGAUCAUGAUGUUCACGGAUGGUGGCGAGGACCGCGUGCAGGAUGUCUUUGAGAAGUACAAUUGGCCAAACCGGACGGUGCGUGUGUUUACCUUCUCCGUGGGGCAGCAUAACUAUGACGUCACACCGCUGCAGUGGAUGGCCUGCGCCAACAAAGGCUACUAUUUUGAGAUCCCUUCCAUCGGAGCCAUCCGCAUCAACACACAGGAAUAUCUAGAUGUGUUGGGCAGGCCCAUGGUGCUGGCAGGCAAGGAGGCCAAGCAGGUGCAGUGGACCAACGUGUAUGAGGAUGCACUGGGACUGGGGUUGGUGGUAACAGGGACCCUCCCUGUUUUCAACCUGACACAGGAUGGCCCUGGGGAAAAGAAGAACCAGCUGAUCCUGGGCGUGAUGGGCAUUGAUGUGGCUCUGAAUGACAUCAAGAGGCUGACCCCCAACUACACGCUUGGAGCCAACGGCUAUGUGUUUGCCAUUGACCUGAACGGCUACGUGUUGCUGCACCCCAAUCUCAAGCCCCAGACCACCAACUUCCGGGAGCCUGUAACUCUGGACUUCCUGGAUGCGGAGCUAGAGGAUGAGAACAAGGAAGAGAUCCGUCGGAGCAUGAUUGAUGGCAACAAGGGCCACAAGCAGAUCAGAACGUUGGUCAAGUCCCUGGAUGAGAGGUACAUAGAUGAGGUGACACGGAACUACACCUGGGUGCCUAUAAGGAGCACUAACUACAGCCUGGGGCUGGUGCUCCCACCCUACAGCACCUUCUACCUCCAAGCCAAUCUCAGUGACCAGAUCCUGCAGGUCAAGUUGCCAAUCAGCAAACUGAAGGAUUUUGAGUUCCUGCUCCCCAGCAGCUUUGAGUCUGAAGGACAUGUUUUCAUUGCUCCCAGAGAGUACUGCAAGGACCUGAAUGCCUCAGACAACAACACCGAGUUCCUGAAAAACUUUAUUGAGCUCAUGGAGAAAGUGACUCCAGACUCCAAGCAGUGCAACAACUUCCUUCUGCACAACCUGAUCUUGGACACGGGCAUCACGCAGCAGCUGGUAGAGCGUGUGUGGAGGGACCAGGAUCUCAACACGUACAGCCUACUGGCCGUGUUCGCUGCCACAGACGGCGGCAUCACCCGAGUCUUCCCCAACAAGGCAGCUGAGGACUGGACAGAGAACCCUGAGCCCUUCAAUGCCAGCUUCUACCGCCGCAGCCUGGAUAACCACGGUUAUGUCUUCAAGCCCCCACACCAGGAUGCCCCGUUAAGGCCGCUGGAGCUGGAGAAUGACACCGUGGGCAUCCUCGUCAGCACAGCUGUGGAGCUCAGCCUAGGCAGGCGCACACUGAGGCCAGCAGUGGUGGGCGUCAAGCUGGACCUAGAGGCUUGGGCUGAGAAGUUCAAAGUGCUAGCCAGCAACCGUACCCACCAAGACCAGCCUCAGAAGCAGUGCGGCCCCAGCAGCCACUGUGAGAUGGACUGCGAGGUUAACAAUGAGGACUUACUCUGUGUCCUCAUUGAUGAUGGAGGAUUCCUGGUGCUGUCAAACCAGAACCAUCAGUGGGACCAGGUGGGCAGGUUCUUCAGUGAGGUGGAUGCCAAUCUGAUGCUGGCACUCUACAAUAACUCCUUCUACACCCGCAAGGAGUCCUAUGACUAUCAGGCAGCCUGUGCCCCUCAGCCCCCUGGCAACCUGGGUGCUGCACCGCGGGGUGUCUUUGUGCCCACCGUUGCAGAUUUCCUUAACCUGGCCUGGUGGACCUCUGCUGCCGCCUGGUCCCUGUUCCAGCAGCUUCUGUACGGCCUCAUCUACCACAGCUGGUUCCAAGCAGACCCCGCGGAGGCCGAGGGGAGCCCCGAGACGCGCGAGAGCAGCUGCGUCAUGAAACAGACCCAGUACUACUUCGGCUCGGUAAACGCCUCCUACAACGCCAUCAUCGACUGCGGAAACUGCUCCAGGCUGUUCCACGCGCAGAGACUGACCAACACCAACCUUCUCUUCGUGGUGGCCGAGAAGCCGCUGUGCAGCCAGUGCGAGGCUGGCCGACUGCUGCAGAAGGAGACGCACUCGGACGGCCCGGAGCAGUGUGAGCUAGUGCAGAGACCGCGAUACCGGAGAGGCCCGCACAUCUGCUUCGACUACAACGCGACGGAAGAUACCUCAGACUGUGGCCGCGGGGCCUCCUUCCCGCCGUCGCUGGGCGUCCUGGUCUCCCUGCAACUGCUGCUCCUCCUGGGCCUGCCGCCCCGGCCGCAGCCUCAAGUCCUUGUCCAUGUCUCUCGCCGCCUCUGAGCACCCUGCCCCACCCCACCUCCACUCCCACCCCACCCGGCCUCUUCGCCUUUCCCACCUCCUGCCCCACACUCCCCGCCUUAGAGCCUCGUCCCUCCCUCACUGAAGGACCCGAGCUGGCCAGGCCCUGAGAGUCUGGUCUGCGCCUUGGGAUGGGGAGUCCCAAAGCGGGACGCCGCAGGUCUUUGGCACCCAAAUCACGUCUCACCUCCGAACUGUUCAAGUGUCCCCAGACCCUUCUUCCCUGCUGGGCUCCCCUCAGUGGGAUGGGACAGGGAGGCCACACGCACUGGUGCCAAAACCAGGCCUCUGCUGCCGCCCUUCCUGGAGGCUGCCUAUGUUAGGAGGGACCCUGCCUCAGCUGACCCGGCCUCUCUGCCCCACCCAAGCCCAAACUUGGUUUCUGUGAGAAUAGUGGAGGAAGGUAAUGGCCAGUUUGAGGCCUGUGCCUCCCAGCUUAAAUCCUAGCAGGAGAGAGGCUCUGGGGCAGCCCCCAUGGGCUCCUGCCCCUUUCAGGCCUACAGCCACAUCCCCAAGCCCACCAGGUGUCAGGAUAGUCACAGUGAUAUCAGUUUAGACACUACCCCAUAUACACCUGGAACCUUGAGGACGGAAACUGGACUCACAUUCGACAUACCCCACUGGGCACACGCACAAACACACACACUGUGGGGUGGGGUGGGGGUAGGGGCUUACAAAGCCUUACACAGGGCGAGGGGUUGGUGGGAGGGUUGGCACCUGCACACUCCAUCUCCUGCUCACCACCUGCCUCUAAUCUGAGCUGCAGCCUGGCUGGUCCUCCCAUUUCUAAAGCUGAAUGUCAAACAGUGCCAAAUGCUGGGGCAGGGGGUGAAGAACCCUCUGUCCCACCCCUAGCCACCAGUGUCCUCCAAGUGCCCCUCACCUCUCCAGGUGCUCAUUGUAACCAUUUCUCACUAGUGUCAGGCCCCCAGUGGGACCACAUGCCACUGCCUGCACCUUUUGGCAGAGGAACCCCCACCAGACAUCACCCUUUGCCUUAGCAGGGGUGACUUUGUCUCUCCUGGCUGGGCCAUCCUUCCCCCAAUCUGGCCCUUACACACUCAGGCCUGUGCCCACUCCCUAUCUCCUUCCCACCCCCACACACACACUCCCUGCUCGCAGGAGGCCAAACUGUCCCUCCCUUGCUGAACACACACACACACACACACACACACACGCUCUGUGCACACACAGAGGUGGGGACUGGGCACAGCUCUUCACACCAUUCAUUCUGGUCAUUUCCCCCAAAGGCAUCCCAGCCUGGGGGCCAGUGGGGAACUGAGGGCAAGGGGAUGUAGUGAUGGGGCUCAGAUGGACUGGGAGGAGGGGGGAGGGUGAUGCAUUAAUUAAUGGCUUCGUUAAUUAAUGUCAUGUUGCUUGUCGCUUUCUCAGUGUGUGUGUAUGGUCCAUGCCCACUGCUGGUGCCAGGGUGGGUGUUCAUGUGCACCCGGCCUGGAUGCCAGAUGUGUCCUUCGGGGGCGUGCGUGUAACUGUAGUGUAGUCAGGUGCUCAAUGGAGAAUAUAAAAAUAAACAUAUACAGAAAAAUAUAUAUUUUAAGUUUAAAAAACAGAAAAACAGACAAAACAAUCCCCAUCAGGUAGCUGUCUAACCCCCAGCUGGGUCUAAUCCUUCUCAUUACCCACCCGACCUGGCUGCCCCUCACCUUGGGCUGGGGGACUGGGGGGCCAUUUCCUUUUCUCUGCCCUUUUUUUGUUGUUCUAUUUUGUAUAGACAAGUUGGAAAAACAACAGCGACAAAAAAGUCAAGAAACUUUGUAAAAUA